UUUUCAUUCAUUUUUUCUCUCAGAAAGAGAGGAGAAGAGAGAGAAAGUGAAGGGCAAGCAAACUGUUCUCUUCCACUUCUUGAAACCCUAGACCUCUCUUUCGAUCUUCUCCAUCAAACCCUACUGUUCUUCAUUUCUUCCCCCUUUCUCCUCCAUUUUUUCACCUUCAUUUCUUCUCCGUUUCCUUCGCUAUUCCCUAAUCCAAAUCACUUCCUCUGAUUUCCGCGCCUAAAUCAAACCCCUAAUCUCCCUGUCUUCUUGCUCCCCAAUCCAGGAUUCGCCUCCACCGCCGAGUUCUUCUUUUGGUUGAAUUUGAAUUUACGAGCUUUGAUUCGUUGAAGACAUGUAUAGGGAUCGAGGAGGAGGAGGAGGAGGAGGAGGAGGGAUUGGUGGUUCUUCGAAAUCGGAGAUCGUAGGUGGUACCUUGGAUCGGAAGCGUAUCAACGAUGCUCUCGAUAAGCACCUGGAGAAAACCUCUCCAUCUACUUCAAGAGGUCUUCAUAGUAAGGAGAAGGAGAGGGUCUCUGUGCCCUCGACUUCGGCUGGUAAACCGCAGCUUGAUCAUCGUUCUUCGUCUCUAUCCAAGAAUAAAUGUUCCGAUGAGGAAUCUGAAACAGACAGCGAAGAAUCAGAUGUCAGUGGUUCAGACGGAGAUGAUACAUCAUGGAUUUCGUGGUUUUGCAAUUUGAGGGGAAAUGAAUUCUUUUGUGAAGUUGACGACGAGUACAUACAAGAUGAUUUCAAUCUUUGUGGCUUGAGUAGUCAAGUUCCAUACUACGACUAUGCACUUGAUCUCAUUUUGGAUGUUGAAUCUUCUCACGGUGACAUGUUCACCGAAGAACAGAAUGAACUAGUUGAGUCGGCUGCUGAGAUGCUGUAUGGUCUUAUUCAUGUUAGAUACAUUCUAACUGGCAAAGGAAUAUCUGCAAUGCUGGAGAAGUAUAAAAACUAUGACUUUGGAAGGUGCCCAAGAGUGUACUGCUGUGGACAACCAUGCCUUCCAGUGGGUCAGUCGGAUAUUCCUCGUUCGAGCACUGUAAAGAUAUACUGCCCAAAAUGUGAAGACAUAUAUUACCCUCGUUCAAAGUAUCAAGGCAAUAUCGAUGGAGCGUAUUUUGGAACGACAUUCCCGCACUUGUUUUUGAUGACAUACGGACACCUGAAGCCACAAAAAGCCACACAGGGCUAUGUUCCCAGAGUUUUCGGGUUCAAGCUUCACAAAAAGCAUGAUUGAGUUGGAAAGCUAAGCUGCACGUUGGGUCGAGAUCUUCGAUAUUCAUCCAUCUUCAGAUUCUGCGCUGACUGGCGCAAUACUCUUCUAAUACCUUCGCAACGCGGUUGAUAUGUGCUUAUUACUCCUCAUGGUCCUCCUAACUAUCAAGGUAAAAAGCAGUUGUUCAAAGUCUCAAAAAAGCAUCAUUAAAGAAAAAAUGUUCACAAAUGCAAAGUCGUCAUAGUAGCUGAACAUGUCUUCUUUUCUUCUUAUUGUCGUUUCAUGAAUUAAAAUGGCGUUUGUAAGUUUAUUUCUCUUUAUGGGUUGAUAAUCAAAUUAUUUGCUGUUAAGUCCUUGUACUUCGUUUUUUUUUUUUUUUUUUUUUUUUACUCCNGUUAGUCUUGUGCCCCUUACCCCACCAUUUCUGAGUUGUAAUAAGAAUGCCAUCUCUUCCUUGUAGACUGCUUAACAGAUGUUUGGUUCAUGGUUUUAGCAAAGUUUGAGCUUCUCAAA